AUGGCUAGGGUUAAUGAUAAUUUCGUUUGGGGAAUGUUUGUGCUUAAAUAUGGUGGAGAAACAAGAAAUUCGCAAGUGAAAGCUGAGGGGGGUAAACAGAUAAAGAAAAACAAAAUAGCAUUAUUAAAAAAGGAAUUCGAUCUGUUUGAUAGUUUGAAAGAGAAAAUUAAAAGUCAUGAUCUGGAAUUGCAAAAGCAAAGCAAGAUGAGCAGUUCGUCGCAUCAUCAAAAUGUUGGUCUGUACUACAAAGGCAAUUUACCUUCGGUGAAAGCUGAUAGUUCACCAAAGACAGCAUUCAGUGGUGAGAAGAUGAAAGAAACACAAACAACCUCAUCAAGCUACAAUUCUGGAUAUCAUUCAUCUUCAAAAGCAAGUUCUGAAGAAUCAGAGGAGAUAUUGUUUAUUCCUCGAUCCGGCGAAUAUUAUUCUAAUGUUGCAAAGGACAAGACAUAUGUAAAAAGGCUGGAUAAAAUCAUCAGGGAUGCUAUGACAACAAAACUAAGGAAGAGGAAUGAAGAAAGAAUGAAGAAGAACAUUGAGAAUUUAGUUGAUGAUUUGAAGAAAGCUGCUGAGGAAGUCAAUGUUGAAGAAGUGAAGGUUGAAAAAGUGAAAGAUGAAGCUGAGAAACAAAUUGAAGAAGCUAAGGAGAAGAAGGAAAGUUCGAUAGAAGUGAAGGUUGAAAGUUCAACAGAUGUUGUUGAUGUUGCAGAUAAGAAGCAGCAGAAAGAAGCUGAUCAGAAUCAGACAGAAGUUGUAACAAACACCGAGGUGCCAAUCACUGAGGUGCUCAACAAAACCAAAGAUUAUGAGAAUGAAAGUUGGAGCAGCCUGACACAACGAGAGGAGGAGGCUGCUGGACCCUGUGUUGGCUGA